AUGACGCUCUACGUGCUUGGCGACUCCAUUGCUGAGCAGCUGGCCUUUUCUCACUGCUUCUUCCUCCACCACCUGGACCUCUUCCCGUGGGCUGACGCAUACCUGCCGCGCCAGGCGCAGUUUUGGAAGUUCUUGAUGCCGCACCUACCGACACUGCGCGCGAGGUACUCGGCUGCGGGUGGCACCUUCCUAACAUUGGUCGUCUUCCGCGACCCGGUCGCGCAUACCGUGUCCACAUACCGCUACAUGGGCACGAGCAAGCGACGCAAACCGGCACUAUCGCAAUGGGUCCGAGAGAAGGGAGAGGAGAGCAGUUCGGUCUACCGCGCUCCGAGCUGGGGGCUUCAGGUCGGCCACCUGAAGCACCUCGUCGACGUCUGCCUGGAUACCAACCAGACCCAGGCUUGGGUCGGCGAGGCAGCACGCAAGCAAAGAGUCUGCCCGGCGGGCGGCUCACCCGGCUCGGGCGGAUUUGCGACGGCUUGCAGCAGCGGGGAAGCGAGAGGGCUCCGAGCCGCUGACUGGCUGACGCGCUUGCUGCUUCGUACCUUUGACGUCGUGGCCACGAUGGACAAGCUGCAGAACGCAGUCAACCGAGCGCUCGCUUGCGCCGGCGCAGUGUUGCGGCGGCUCGCGGCGCUGGCGGCGUCGUACAGGCGGCGCGAGCUGGCGCGGCGAGCGUUCGACACGGAGCGGUCGAGGCUUGCGCUUGCCGCGCUGCGCCGUAACGUCGGCAGAGCCCGCACUUGCGCCCACCUCGACGCUGUCGCACGCGGCGCCCUCCGCACGUCGCGGCGGCGCCUCCUCUUGGGAGGGGUGGAGGCGCUGGCUCGCUCGGCAGUCGGGCCGACGCGCGCGACGCUGAUGGCCUACCGCAGCGCGGCGGCGGCGACGGAGCUCCGCCGAGCCUUUGCCCGCCUCGCCGCCGCCGCCACCGCCGCCACCGCCGCCGCAUCCUCCCACUCUGAGUGCAGCCUGCGGCGGCUGGGCGGUGCGCUGCGCGCUUGGAGGAGCUCGACGGGCGUGGAGACGGAGCGCCAGCGGCGAUGCGCCGCCGCGCGGGCCGCGGCCGCCGCGCGGGCCUCCUCCCGCGCCAUCCGUGUGUGGGCCGCCGCCGCCGCAGCGCGGACCGCCGAGGCCUGGGCGGCGGAACGCGCCGCCGCAGCGGCGCAGACGCGCUGCGGCGCUGCUGGUCUGCGGCGCUGGCGCGGCCUGUGCGCGCGGCGUGCGCGUGCUGCGGCGGCGAUCGAGCGCGCUCAGCGGCUCGCCCUGGCCGCCGCCUUGGCGCAGUGGGUGCGUCGUUGCCCGCCGACGCUUCUCGACGGCUUCGCGGCUUGGCGCGUCGACCUCGAGGCAGGGGCGGAGGCAGGGGCGGAGGCAGAGGCGGAGGCAGAGGCGGAGGCAGAGGCCGCUGCCCGGUCGUAUGCGGCCGCCUCCCGGAGCGCGGGUCCGCGGCGCGAGGCCCCGCCCCGGCGCGUCGAGCCCCCGCGGGUCGAGCCCCGGCCCGCUCGCGAGCGCCAGUCGUGGGACGCGCGCGCAGCCAGCUGGCUCUUGGCCGCGAUCGGAUUUGACGCGCGGCCGGUCGCGCGCGGGAGAGGCUGCUUCUCCAUCCGCCGCGAGGAGGAGGGAGGGCCUCGCACGGCGCGGGAGGGCGCGGGCGGCGAGCCUCCGCCGCGGCGCGCCCUCCCGACGCCGCGCCGCCGCCCGCCCCUCUCACGGGGCUCCGCCCUCGACGCCGUCGCCUCUCGCGCGCUGCGCCGGUCGGCGCUCCGGCGCUGGCUGCAUCACCUCCCGCGCCGCCGAGCGGCUUGCCGCGAGUUGCUUGCGCUGCGGACGGCGCCGGUCGGUAGCGACGGCGUCGGGGCCGCCCUCCGCGCGCGCCUCUCCCUCCGCCGCUGGGCAAACAGCUGUCGGGCGCGCCGGCGGCUGCAGCAGCUCGAGGCGACUGCGGCCGCUGCCCCGCGCCGCCGCUGGCGCUCGCUCGCUGCGGCGCUGGCGGCGUGGCGCUUCGGCGCGGCGCGGCGCGCGGCCGCCAGCCGCGACACGCAGCGGCUCGCCUCCGCCGCCACGCACGCCCAUCAGCGCCGUUCGAUGGCGACCGGCAUGCGCGCACUGCGCAGGCCGGUGGCUUGCGCACGGCAGCUCGAGCUGCGAGGCUUCCGCCGCGCCUUUGCAGCCGCCGCCAACCACGGCAGCCGGGCGCCGUCUGGCUGCCCCUCAGGGCCGGUCGCAUCGGACAGCACCGCCGCCGCCGUCGUCUUCAACGCCGCCGCCGCCGACGCCACCAUGCGCGCAGCGGCCCUCCUGCACCGUUCGCUCCGGAGGGAGGUGCGCCGCACCGUCCUCCGCGCGUGGAGAGCCGUCGCAUCGCAGUCCGCGACCGAGCAUGCGCAGGCAGAGCGCACCGCCGCUCGGCGCGCGCUCGUGCGGUGGCAUCGCUGGGCGUGGGCCGAGGAUGCGCGCGUCAGCGCCGACAGUCGCCGACAGCGCGCCUGCUUCCACCUCGCCGCUGCGAGGCUGGCGGACAGGAGCAGCGUCGCGUGCCAACGCCACUUGCGGCUGUGGCGUGAGCGCGCCGCCGCCGCCGCCACGCUUGCUCGCCUCUCUGCAGCCGCGCGUCCUCUCGCCGACAGGCUCGCGGCGCGAAAGGCGCUCGGCGCGCUGUGCCGGUUCGAAGCGUUCCGCUCGGCCGCUCGGCUGCGGGCGCAGCUCGCCACGGCCGCGUGCAGGCAGCGCCAUCGCGUGGCCUUUGCGCGCUUCCGCUCCGCCGUGGCGACGCGUGCGGCCAUUUGCGCUGAAGUUGCUCGGACGGCGGACGCGUGGCACGUGGUGCGACCAGCAGCAGAGGAUGCGUGGUGGGAUGUGUGCAAUGUAACCAGAGUGGACCCGGAGGCAGAGGAGCCUCCUGAGGAGCGAUCGGCUGGGGCGCUGCUGGGGGAAGUCGGCGAGGAGGGCUCGUCCGAGGGCGGCCGGCCGCUGCACACGUCGUUGGAUGGGGUCUCUGUCGACGGGCGGGUGGAGGACCCACAGGCGCCGCUGCAAGUCGUGGCGCACGCGCGGCAAGGGGAUGCGGUUGAUGUGCAGCACGUGGCGGCCGGCGCCGACGACAAUGGCGGCGGCGGCGAAGCGGGAGGCGAAGGUGUUGCAGACGAGGCGGCCGUGCGGCUGCAGACUGCGGCCCGCGGCUGGAGGACUCGCGCCGAGGUGUCGGCAGUGAGGGCGCGGGCGAGGGCGAUGGUUGCUUCGGCGGCCGAGAGGGCGGCGGAGGAGUCAAUGGCGGCGGGGUGGCGGGAGACCGCAGAGUCAGGGGUAGAGGAGGAGGCGGAGGCGGAAGAGGAGAUGGUGGCAGAGGCGGAGGCAGCGGAGGCGGAGGCAGUGGCGGAGGUUGAGGCGGAGAAGCGCGCCAAGGGCAAGAAGGGCAAGAAGAAGAAGAAGGGCGGAGGGGCGGGCGCGGCUGGGCCGUCGCAGGAGACGGAGGAGGGUGCCGAGGCGCCGUUGGAGGCAGCCGAGGCUGCGAAGAAGGCCGAGGAGGAGAGAAUGAUGAGGCUUCUCGAGAAGUGUCACGAGGAGAGGAUCCGGUUCGGCAUCACGGCGGAGAGCCAGGCGGCGGCGUCGGCAGCGGUGGCCGAGGCGGUGCGCUUGGACGCUGAGGCGGACGAGGCGGAGGAGGAGGCGGAGGCGGACAAGGAGGCGCUGGCGGCUGCCGAGGCAGCGCUGGAUGAGGCGAGGGCCGCAAGAGACGCGAGGCGUGCCGCUGCGGCCGCUUCGAUGGCCAGGGCGGUUGCAGCCAGGAUGGCGGCGGAUGCGGCCCAGGAGCGCUCCUAG